AUGACGAAAUGCGGAUGGGAAAAUUUUGAUAACUGGAUUCACUGUAUAUGUGUAGUUACUUUUGACUUAGAGCUGGGUCAAGCAUUAGAGGCAAUAUAUCCAAGUCACGUGAAGUUAUCAGAAACAGAACGCUCUAAUGUUUGUUAUUUGGCAUUUCCUGAUUCGAAUUCUGGAUGUAUGGGUGAUACUCGAUAUCACGUGAGAAUCCGACGAAAUUUUCUAGAAUCGCAGGAUAAUACUUCCAGAAAAGAAUAUAAUCGUAAGUCACCUGCUUUUCUACAAUGCAGCGAGGAUUAUUAUUGGGGGUACAUUUAUUUUCGGCAAGUGAAAAAUCAUGAUUUACCCAGAGGGUACUUUCAAAAGAGUGUGGUCAUAGUUUCAAUGCUACCUUUUGUUAAUCUUUUCGGCGAAUUAUGUGCUUUGUUGGCACAAGAAUUUUUUGAAUCGGGAAAUACUAUUAUGGAAGUAGCUAUUCGUGAAAUAGACCAAUGGCUCCCGCCGACACCAGGUGAACUGAUUAAUUUACAUUUGCUUGGAGUUCUCUUUCAGACAUAUAUUCCAAAUGAAAAUUAUAAAGCUAACGUAGCAUCAAUUACUGGGAUUGAUAAUGCGUCUGAUCCAUCGAGUGUACAGCCUGUACGUAAACUUAUUAUGGCAUCAGCACUUGAAGACGAUAUGUUUCAGAGUUUAUUAAAUAUUAUAAGUCAUGUUCAUUUAUUAUGGGAGCUUGUAUUACUCAAUGAACCAAUUCUAGUUAUGGCAGGAUCGCCUAAAACUUGCGCUAACAUGGUGCAAGCUCUUGUAGCAAUGAUUGUGCCUUUUAAAUAUUGCUCUGAUUACCGUCCAUACUUUACAAUUCAUGAUUCUGAAUUCAAAGAAUAUACUUCAGAUGUAGCGGUCCCGCCAGCUGUCAUUCUUGGAGUUACUAAUCCUUUUUUUGCAAAAACACUUCAACGAUGGCCACAUAUUAUAAGAGUUUGUGAUGUAACAAAUAAUGACAGUAAAAAGUACAAGAUCAAAAAAGUUGAUAGUCUAAAAAUACUUGAUUCAAAACCUGGAGUCUAUACACAAUAUAAGACAUUCCUGCAAAAAGAUAAAACUCUUUUAAAAAAACUCAUUCGAGGUGUUCAAACUAAGCGUCCAAGAGAGGUUCAAGCUGCAUUACUCAAACGUCACUUGAUGGAGUUAACCGAAAGUUUUAUGAUUCCACUCGAACGAUACAUUGCUAGUCUAAUGCCAUUACAGAAAAAUAUAUCACCAUUUAAGGCUACUCCCAUACCUCAAUUAUUCAAUCCAGAGGAUUUUUUGGCUACAGUUAGUACUGCUGGGCCUCAAUUAACCAUAGGCAUAAAAGGAGAUUGGGCUGGAUUGUACAAAAGAUUUUUCCGAACACCAAAUUUUUCAGGAUGGUUUAAUUUACGAUACUCAGAACUUACUCAUAAAUUACAAGCAUUACAGCUUGAAGCUUUAUCUCAUGCGGAUCUAAAAACAUGGGUCCAAGAUAAACAAGAAGUAGAAAUCAUUGACAUGAUUUUAAAAAUUCGGCAAAAAUUAGAAAUAAGUCAUAGUGAAGAUAUACCGACUACUCAAGCAGUGCGAGUAAGACUUAGCGAACGUUUGAAUGAUAUUACUCGAACACUGCCAGAUGAUUUAAAAGUUAUACUCAAACAUGAAUCUUGA